AUGGUAUUUCAAUGGUUUCUAAUUUUCUCGCUGAUAGAACAUGCUUAUGCUAAACCAACUGCCGCAAAUGUCCCGUUAUUCGAAACGAAAAAUACUCAUGACGAUGUGUACGAGAACGUUUACUUUAGUGUUUCGAUGAAGAAACCUGCUGAAUGGUACACAAUGACUUUGAAAGAACUUCAUCUUUUUAUUCCAAACGGUACUGCUGCGUUUAAAUCUCAUCGUAUUGUUCCGUUAUUUGGCUUUUCGGCAUAUCGGAUGGGUUCAAGACCUGAUCGUAUCAAUGCGAAUAUCAUUGGAUUCGUUGAACGCAUAGCAAAAAGGACGAAAUUUCACGAUGAUUGCGAUUUCUUCAAAGACAAUGAAAAUGCCUUUCCGAAGAUGUUCACUUUGGAGAAUAUGUCUGAAUGUUAUCCUUAUGAGAUUAAUGGAGUGAAAUAUGCCCGGAAGGAUCUUAAAGUGAAAUUUCUCGACGUAUCUAUUCUUGAACAAAUUCGAUUCUUUCGAAGUACUAAAAGUGGUUAUUUAUUUGCCUUCACGCUGACAUUCGGUGAAUCCGAUGAUAUAAAUCAACUCAUGCAUGCCAUGUAUACGAUUCAAUUUUCAAAUAAAUCGUACAUUUUGUGA